CCCUCCGUCCCCUCUGUCAUGUCAGCUCUUCUUGUACGCCUGCAUGAGGUCGUCAGCGAUAGAGUAGGCAAUCAUGGCCGCCAGCACCAGCAUCAGCCCCACCGUGGCCCAGAAGGGCCGCCGCUCGAUACACGAGCAGCCCCACACACUUAUGCGCUCAUCCCAGUCCACAUACUGCCGCAGGAGCUGCUCCAGCCGCUCCGCUUCAGACGCCGAGUGGAGCGUGAACGCGUGUGAGCGGGGCGACUCCUCAGAUUCCCCAGCCCCUUCAUGCUCGUCUUUUGCCGGCGACGUGUCGUCAGGCAGGUAAGACGCCAGUUUGUGCCUCAUCCGCCGCUUGCUGCCUUGGUGCCGCUCCUCCCUGCCACCCUCCUCAGUGCCGUUCAUCUCAGCUGGUGGGUCGGAUGACACAAGGCAGCUCGCCUUGGCCGACGACACGCGGGAGUUUUCCUGGGUGUCGUCCGCCACCGUCACUGCGUCGGACUGCCUGCCCGCAUCGUUGUUGUAGGGCGACACCUCCGCGUCGACGAGCCGCACCAGAAGGUCUCUGGCACCUGAGCCGCCUUCCUCGUGUGCGUGUGGGAGUGGCUGUGUCCUGGUCUUCCGGGCGAUGGCCAGCAGAUACACCACAGCGGGGAGGAAGUAGUUGGCCAACACACCUGCCGUGAUAGAACUGCACACACACAGAAAACAGAGAGACACACACACACAAAUGGCAAUGUGUGUGUCGCCCUCCCAGAGAAGCACAGACAGAUAGAACUUACCUCCAGGCAAGCAGCCUGCCGAAGAGCCGCCCAUUGGACAGGGCCCAUGCUAUCAGCCAGGGGGCACAGCAGCCGUAGAAGAACGCCCCCUGCUGACCGCACAGACCACUGUUGUAGAGGUUGUAGCGGCUCGCAAUGGCCAUGACAGGAAUGCCCGGCAGCACGGUGGUGAACGAGAAGCUGAACAUCGACAGCCGCGUGAGCAUCCCCGUCGACGGCUCGUUGGUCAUGUACACGAAGGCGUUGCUGCUGUUGAGCGCGGGGUACGCCACACACACCACCAGGGCGAAGCUGAAGUAGAGAAACGCCGAGAGGAUGGCCGACAUCCACACGACGGGGACCACACGAGUGGACGGCAGGAUCUCGUUGCACCAGGAGGGGAUCAGCACCACGUAGGAGUAUGACGCGACCAUGAUGCCGAAGACGGCGCCGUAGCCAGUGUCUCCGACUAGAGGGGGGAAGGUCAUUGGGGAGUGGGUGCGCUCCUCCUGCUGGAAUGACCGAAUGAUCGACGAGAUGAUGAUCAGGCCGAUGGCGCCGAACUGCAGGAAAAACGUGACGAUCUGAAUGUACAUGUUCUCAUUCAGACUGACACACACAUCGACACCGACACACGCACAUAACUGAGUGCCGCUCUUCCGCCCGGUGUGCUGUCCUACUUGAGGUAGCUCAUGGGCAGGCACAGCAGCGCCGUGAAGAGGUACCCCCCGGUGAUGGCAAAGAUCAUCGUGUGUUGCCGGCCGUCGUGGUUCUCAUAGCCGCCUCGAUAGACCUUCUCCACGUUCGACCAGCCGCCCACAUGAGCGUGUGGCCACACCUCGAUUACGGGCACCUGCCCGAAGCAGCGGAUGAAGCACCGGUCGAAGGCCUCGGCCGUCACGAUGAUGGCGGCGAUGUUCAUGGCCUGGAUGGCCACCUGGUAGACCACCUGGAUUAAGGUGGCCGACCGGUCGCCGAGGAAGUACUGGACCGUUGCGACGUACUCCUCCCGCUUCUCGAGGUGUUUAUUUCCAGGCACCCGAACCAUGCUCUACACCCACACACACACGGGGCAAUCCACACGUGGCUCGUGCCUGUUGUGGUGCUCAGGGAAGAAAAAGUUACCUUGAUGACCAUGAAGGUCGCGAUGCAGCUGAUCGCACAGAUAGCGGCGUUGGCGAAGAACACGGUGAGCCAUCCGGCGUGAAGCAUGCACAGCGGCACACCCACAAAGCCCGCUCCGAAUAUCUGAGGAGCGACAGACAUGAGAGUGUGGCCGGCUGGUCUGGUCGGCUCUUGCAUGGCAUGAUGUGUGUAAUACCUACCUGGUUGACAAGAAACACGAAUGACUGGAAGCUGCACCAAACACACACAACACAGCACGGCAGGCACACUUGCAAAUGCGCCAUCGUUGAGCAUCCGGCUUUCUGUACCUGCCGAUGCUUUUGGCUCCGUAGGCCGUAUGGUGGCCUAUCAGCCGUGAUAUGAACAUUGCGACGCUGCCAGCACACCCAGACCUACAGGAAACACACCGCCACACACACACACCCCUGCUAGCGCUUGUCACUGCUUCCCACGCGAUUCUUGCAUGGCGUAUUCAUCCCACCUGUAGAGCCUCCUCACUACGCGGCACUACGGUACGCG